AUGUCGCUUGAAUUUAGAGAUUCAACUAUUUGGUCAUAUGGAUUGAUAAUCAUAGCUAUUCAUGACGCAUUUGCAGGUGAUAUACACUAUUCUAUAUAUCUAGCCAUUCUUUUGAUCCUUGCAUGGCUUAAUAACUUAAUUCACGAGCGACCAGUUUUCAGGCAUGGUUCAGCACCACAGAUUGUUGGCGGAUUAUUAUCAGUUCCAACAGCUUUGGUCGCUCUUGAAUCAAAUCAUGCUUUUGACGCUCUUUUGAUCUCGAUUACAUUUGCAUUUCUAUUUUUACUUUCUAAGCAAAGAUUUCCAACACUCGAUUUCAAAUUUUCUAUUGUCGUUUUAAUUGGGUUCCCUUGUUUGGUCUCAUACUUUUCAAAUCAAAAUAUCAUUCUUUCGCUUGUAACAAUAAUCUUUUCAUCAUUUGUGAUCACAGUUAUCAUGCGCAAAGCUACAGGUUCAUUUACAGUCGGUGAAGCUAUCAUGGUUGCCACUCUUUCAGGACUUCCAAUUCGAACAGUUAUUGACUUCGAGAAUCCAUUAGUUCAGAUCGAUUCGGCACUCAUAUUAGAUGGUAUACUUUGCCUUUGUAUGGGUCUUCUCAUUCGCCGCCCUAUUUGCAUCGUUUUCGGUUUCUUACCUUUGUAUUUCGCAGUUUAUCACUACAAAUACUUGAUCCAGUUUAUUUUCGACAUUAAGAGGAUAGCUAUUAUUGGCUAUUGUGCUGCAGUCUGCGUCAUUUUUAUUCUUAUUUCGGUUUUUUGGAAAGGAUUAUCUAAUUUUCCACAAAUUGUUCAACGUAAGUUCUUCCAUAUCAUGGCAUUGCUAGUAUUCAUAGUCCCUGUUUCUAUGGAUGUUAUCCUGAUGCGAUUCGCCAUUUCAGGAGCUAUUUAUGUUUUCUUAUUUGUUGAAAUGCUUCGAUUAACUCGAUUUCCAUUUGUUGCAACAAUGAUUGAGUCAUAUGUUGGAGAUUUCCUUGAUGAAAGAGACAGCGGUGAGCUUAUUUUAACACAUCUUUUCUUAUUGCUUGGAUGUGGUCUUCCUGUUAUCUUUUCGUCCAAUGAAGGAUUUGGUGGAAUGGCGUGCAAAGUUUGUGGAAUUUCUGUUCUCGCUAUUGGUGAUGCUGCGGCAAGUGCUAUUGGAAUUAAGUUUGGAAAGCACAAAUGGCCAGGAUCUAAGAAAUCAAUUGAAGGCACAAUUGGUGCAUUCUUUGGUACAUGGAUUACUAUUGUUGUUUUGACAUCAAUUGGUGUUUUUAAUAUUGACAUCAUCAAAUCAUUGCUUCUAUCCAUUCCUUCACUUGUUGGAGCUUUGGAUGAAGCUUUCACAUCCCAAAUUGAUAAUUUAACACUUCCAUUUGUUAUUCUUCCAUUCGUUGUAGAAUGUAUGAAUCUAAGAUUCUAA